AUGCCGCCCAAACCAGCCAAGGGCGAAUAUAUAGAGACCGACACUGGAAACAAAAUCUCCCGCCGGUCGCUCAUCCACGGCACGCAACACAUCAUUCUCGGUGGAAAGACUGUCAUCCAAGCCGACGCCGUUAUCCGCGGAGACCUGUUUCGAAUCCAUUCGUCCUCUUCGCAAGCUACCGGUGAAGAUGGGUCUGCUCCUGCGCCCGCGCCCAGCAACACUCCUUCGAUCGCGAUUACCGUUGGUCGAUACACGUACAUCUCGCGCGCGGCGAUAUUGAGGCCGCCGUCUCGCUUGCAUCGCGGCGUGCACUCUUUUUAUCCUCUCAAAAUGGGUGAUCAUGUUUUUGUCGGAGAACGGUCUAUCGUUGAGGCGGCGCAGGUGGGCAACCAUGUACACAUCGGAAAUGACGUGGUUGUUGGCAAUAUGGUAAUCCUCAAGGACUUUGCCUAUGUCCUGGACGGUGCAGUUGUCCCAGCCGGCAUGGUUGUGCCGAGUUUCUGCAUUGUUGGGGGUAGUCCUGCUAGGAUUGUUGGCGAAGUCGGCGAGGGCUAUGGAGUUGAAGGCGCCGAAGGAGGACUUGCUAGGGAAAGGUACAGAUUGGUAGGACGAUGA